CGAGCCCAACGAUAGAAGAAUUUGACCGUGUGAGACUGACUAUGUCAAUGGCGAAGUGUGAAUGGGCAAGAUAUGCCAUAUUCCUUUCACAGGGUUUCCGAUUGGUGCUCUGCGACCCAGCCCACUCCUAACCCAGAAAAUAUGGUUGAGCCAUUCUUCAUCCAAUCAUAAAAAGCUCCACAUGUAUAUGCUGCCACACUCCGUCUAGAAAGUCAACCUUCCCAGACCAAACUGUGAUUAACAAGAAAUCACAGCAGCCCAGUCUUCGAUGGCGACCCAGUCAGCGCCCUUGCUGGAAAUUUACCUGUUCUCAUAUACUCUGGAAAUACACAUUUACCAAUCCUUCCUCCCUUUUUGGUACUCAUAUUGCCAGCAGCUCUUUAAAGGUGAGCAUGAAACCUGCUGGUUAAGUUUUAUGCUCGUAUUUCCUUUGUCGGGUUUUCCCAUUUGAUUGAUUUCAAUUGCGCCCUUGUUUCCCGAGAGUGUGGGUCCAAUUAUUUUUUAACAAUACGUUGUUGAUUUGUUUCUCGAGUCUUUGGGUGUGUGGGAUUUGCAUCACUGGUCUAAAGAUUGCAUCUUUGCAUCACCUUUCUUUGUUUAGGUAGUCAUUUUGCUUACUAUAUCUGAAUCUGCGCUCAGAUGUUUUGUAAUACUUGUAGUAGUAGAAGAGAUUUCUGAACUUGGGAAAUGAAAACCAUAAAACUCACACCAAUUGAAGCGAGUUUGCUGGUAUGGCUUUGCUGGUUUAUGCUGUUCAUUAGGGCAGACAGUCAAGUAACUCAUCCUGAUGAAGUAAAAGCAUUGCGUGCCAUAAGGGGUAGUUUGGUUGAUCCAAAUAGGAAUCUCACUAACUGGAGGAAGGGAGAUCCUUGUGCUUCUAAUUGGACAGGCGUGUUAUGCUAUAAUGACACAAUGAAUGAUGGAUACUUUCAUGUCCGCGAACUACAACUGCUUAAUAUGAGUCUAUCAGGGAGCUUAUCACCGGAUCUUGGUCGCUUAUCUUAUAUGAACAUAUUAGACUUUAUGUGGAAUAGUAUUGGAGGAAGUAUACCAAAGGAGAUUGGGAAUAUUUCAUCAUUAAAAUUGUUGCUUCUGAAUGGAAAUAAACUGACAGGUUCCUUGCCUGAAGAGCUCGGUUAUCUUCCUAACUUGGACAGGAUACAAAUUGACGAGAAUCUAAUAUCUGGGCCCAUACCUGUUUCAUUUGCAAAUUUGAACAAAACAAAACACUUCCACAUGAAUAACAAUUCACUAAGUGGGCAAAUCCCGCCUCAACUUUCUAGACUUCCAAAUAUUGUCCACUUAUUGCUUGACAAUAACAACUUAUCAGGAUACCUGCCUCCUGAGCUGGCUGAAAUGCCAAAUUUGCGCAUUCUUCAACUUGACAACAACCACUUUGAAGGAAGUCGGAUACCAAAGUCAUAUGGAAACAUGUCCCGCUUGCUGAAAAUGAGUCUGAGGAAUUGCAGCCUGCUAGGACAAGUACCAGAUCUAAGCAACAUUGCUAACCUCACUUACAUAGAUUUAAGCUUUAAUCAACUUACAGGGCCCAUACCACCAAAUAGGCUCUCUGAAAAUAUCACAACCAUUGAUUUAUCAAACAACAAUCUCAAUGGAAGCGUUCCUACAAACUUUUCUGAGCUUCCUCAUCUGCAAAUACUAUCUGUUGCUAACAAUUCCUUAAGUGGUAAUGUGUCAUCCAUUAUUUGGCAAAAUAGGAUUCUCAAUGGAACUGAGAAGCUCUUCCUGGACUUUCAGAACAAUGUGUUUUCCAAUAUAUCAGGAAGUUUGGCUAUUCCACAAAAUGUCACUGUUAGGCUCAAUGGAAACCCUGUUUGUUCAAAUGCCAAUCUAGCUGGAGUUUUUUGCGAUUCUUCUGGUGAUGGAUCCGUCAACACCACAGACUCACAUAACUCCACUGACUGUCCCCCACUGGCGUGCCCCCCGCCAUAUGUAUAUGCCAUGCCCCUUCCUACUUGCUUUUGUGUCUUACCUCUAAUUGUUAAGUAUAGGUUAAAGAGUCCGGGAAUCCACAAUUUCAAUCCAUACAAGGAUGACUUUGAGUGGUACAUGAGCACUGGUCUUAAUCUGAAUAUUUCACAAGUACACAUUACCGGACUUUCAUGGGAAUUGGGCCCUCGGUUAAAGAUGGAUUUCCAGUUUUACCCAAUCUUUGUAGACAAUAGCAGCUCCAGUGAAUUCAAUAAGAGUGAAGUUUUACGGAUUAUGAGCUUUUUUACUGGAUGGCUGUUACCUGAUAAUGAUCUUUAUGGACCUUACGAACUUCUUGGGUUCAACCUACUAGGAAGCUAUUCAAAUUAUAUCCCUCUUCCAAAUCCAUCCCAUGGUUUAAGUAAGGGAGCUCUUGCUGGCAUCAUAAUAGGGUCCAUUGGCGGUGCUCUUACCGUCUCUGCCUUUGUGUCACUCCUCGUUUUGAGAUUUCACAUGCGGCGAUACCGUUUAGUUUCAAAGAAAGGACAAAUGUCAAAGAUCUCUAUUAAAAUUGACGGUGUAAAAGAGUUCAAGUUUGAAGAAUUGACAUCAGCAACAAAAAAUUUCAACUGCUCAAACCUUGUUGGGCAGGGAGGGUAUGGAAAAGUUUACAGAGGUAUCUUAGCUGAUGGGACGGUUGUGGCUGUCAAACGUGCUCAAGAGGGGUCAUUGCAGGGUAAAAAGGAGUUUCUUACCGAAAUUGAACUAUUAUCUAGGCUGCAUCACAGAAACCUUGUGUCUCUACUUGGAUACUGUGGAGAAGAAGGUGAACAGAUGUUGGUAUACGAAUUCAUGCCGAAUGGCACUUUGAGGGAUCAUCUAUCGUCUAAAUGUAAAGAACCUCUAACCUUUGGCAUGAGAUUGAGAAUUGCACUGAGUUCUGCAAAGGGCAUACUAUAUUUGCACACAGAAGCCGACCCCCCUAUAUUCCAUAGAGAUAUCAAGGCUAGUAAUAUAUUGUUGGAUGCAAAAUUUGUGGCCAAGGUUGCCGACUUUGGACUUUCACGUCUUGCUCCUGUCCCUAACCUUCAAGGGGACAUACCUACUCAUGUAUCAACUGUGGUUAAGGGAACUCCGGGAUAUCUUGAUCCUGAAUAUUUCCUAACAAAUAAAUUGACGGAUAAGAGUGAUGUUUAUAGCCUUGGUGUAGUAUUUCUUGAGGUAUUGACUGGAAUGCAUCCUAUUUCUCAUGGAAAAAACAUUGUUAGAGAGGUCAACGUCGCAUAUUCUUCGGGAAAUGUAUUGUCUGUGAUUGAUGAGCGAAUGGGCUCAUAUCCUUCAGAAUGUGUGGAGAAGUUCUUAACUCUGGCGCUCAAAUGUUGCCAAGAAGACACAGAUGCAAGGCCUUCAAUGGCAGAAGUGGUCCGAGAAUUGGAAAGCAUAUGGAUCAUGAUGCCAGAGUCCGACAUUACAAUUGGAGAAUCACUGGUCACUAAUCAUGGCAACGAUGUCAGCUCUUCAUCUGCACCGUCGAGGGCUAUGAAAAACCCUUAUGUUUCAGCUGAUGUUUCUGGUAGUGACCUCGUCAGUGGUGUUGUCCCGACCAUUACCCCUAGAUAAUGUAUAUCAGUAUAUAUAGCCUAACACAAACAAACUAAUACUGCAUUACUAGUGUGUGUACAUAGUCAUACACUUCAUCUGUUUCUGAAUGUUGAAGGGUUAAAGUCUUAGCUGUAGUUGAACAACAUGAUUUCUUGUUGUGAUGAUAGUGCCUUGUUGUCU